UAUUUAAUAUCUCUUCUCUUUAUAAAACGACAUAUAUAUCCCUCCCUUCUUCAAAUCUAUUUAAUCAAUCAAAACUCGUGCAAAAACAAAACAAACACAUCCGACAAUCAAUUUCAACAUUUGGAAUGCUAUUUUUCUCAACGUUUCCACCUCCAUUUUCUCAGCUCCCAAACAUCUCUAGUAACCUUUCUCUCCCUUUUUAAGACUACUACUCUAUAUCCAAAACCCACUAAUCUUUUCGAUGCAGCCUUGUAGCAGAGAAAUGCAAGGGCUUAAUUCCCUCUUAAACUCAUCUUCACAAAUCUCACUCCAAGAACUUCAAGGACAACAGGGUUCUCAGAUUCAUGGCUCCGGUCAAUUCGAAUCGGGGUCGACCCACGACGACUUCCUCGAGCAAAUGCUCUCCACUCUGGGCCAACCAUCCUGUUCUUGGGCCGACCUAGGCCCAACCGGAGCUAACAACUCCGGCAAGUCCCCUUGGGAUACUACAACUCUUCCCAUCAACGGCUCCAACAAGCCCUGCAGAGACUUGUCCGACGAAACGGCACCGUCUGGACACGAGAAUGUCGUGUUCCCUAACUACGACGACUCGGUUAACUUAGCUUCCAAGUUUCGCAACCACCAGAUCAGCAGCGGAACCGGUGCCUCCAAAUCGGCUGUCGCAGCAGCCACCGCGAUGAUGCUCCAGCAACAGCUGAUGAUGUCCAGGGGUCUCCCCGGCUCAGGCGGGUCCGGUGGCGGAGAAGGCAAUCUUAUUCCGAUGCCUUUGUCUCUCAGUAACGGUGACUUUGACCGUUCUCAAAACGACGUCGUUGACGGUUCCUCGUUUAAAUCUCCGAAUCCAGGAGGAGACGGUUCGGUUCAAGCUCUAUUCAAUGGUUUCACUGGAUCUUUGCCCGGGUCAGGUCAAGCUCCGAAUCAGUUUCACCAUCCUCAGUCACAGAACUUUGGAGCACCAGGGGGAGCGAUGAACCAGACUCCGGCGCCAAGUGGUUCGUCAGGGGCAGCCGCGGCCCAGCCUAGACCCAGAGUCAGGGCUCGAAGAGGUCAAGCCACCGACCCACAUAGUAUCGCCGAAAGAUUACGGAGAGAGAGAAUUGCAGAGAGAAUGAAAGCUCUACAAGAACUGGUUCCCAACGCCAACAAGACAGAUAAGGCUUCAAUGUUGGAUGAGAUCAUCGAUUAUGUAAAAUUCCUCCAACUCCAAGUCAAGGUUCUGAGUAUGAGCAGGUUGGGCGGUGCAGCUGCUGUAGCUCCUCUUGUAGCUGAUAUGUCCUCAGAGGGAGGUGGAGACUGUAUCCAGACCAACAGUAAUGGCAGGGGCAUAGGUAGGAACUCAACUAACGGCAACCAAACGGUGUCGUCUUCAAACGACACCAUGACGGUGACGGAGCACCAAGUGGCGAAGCUCAUGGAGGAAGACAUGGGCUCGGCCAUGCAGUAUCUCCAAGGCAAAGGACUCUGCCUCAUGCCGAUAUCGUUAGCUACGGCCAUCUCUUCUGCCACGUGUCACUCCAGGAACCCUAUGAUGAACAACCCCCAGAUGGCAUCCAACGGUGAGGGACCCUCUUCGCCCAGCAUGUCCGUGUUGACCGUCCAGUCAGCCGCGAUGGGGAACGGCGUGGCUGACGGUUCCGUUAAAGAUGCCGCUUCUGUCUCCAAGCCGUGAUAACGACCGCUGACUGACUUUUAUAUUCUAAAAAUGAGAAAAAGAAAG